UUUUUGUUUGUUUUUUUUUUUCAGCAACCAGAGUAGUGCUGUCAUCAGAGACAUGUGCAUUCCUCUUAGAGGCACGACAUCCCAAAAGUAGUGUCCCUGGACCUCUGUGAUGAGGACCUACAAUAUUUGCUUUUGAAGAAUUUUUUUUUUCCGGGGAGUGGUUUCUUUGUGAAUUUAUCAGUCAGAAGUGUGUUCUGCAUGAAGCAGAAGUACUUGGGAAUCAGCAAGUUAGUAAGAUCCAUGAAUGGAAAUGUUUGAAGUGGAAAGCCCGAAAAUAAACGAGCAAUUGCCUGCACUGAUAAAAAGAACUUCGUAUCAAUAGCCAAAUCUCGUACAUUCUUGUAUGGUACUACGUUAUCUGCUCAGGGAUAGACAAAAUGAAUCCUUUCUAUUUUCUGGGUUUUGGACAUUCUCAUCUAGGCUUCUUCGGGAACAGGAGUGGACCUUUCAACAGAACAAAUGAAACUUAUUGCUACAGUACUGCUCAGGGCAGCACAGUGCUCCAAGGAGUAACUUUUGGUGGAAUCCCAACUGUCCUGCUGCUCGACGUAACCUUCUUUUUUAUUUUAAUAUUACUGUUUUCCAUUAUAAGAAAGAGAUUCUGGGACUAUGGUCGUGUUGCUCUGGUGUCAGAAGUUGAAAGUGAAUCAAGAUAUAACCGGCUGUCAUCAUCAUCAUCAUCAGUACCUGAAGAUCUUGAAUAUGAUAAAGGGUUUUGUUCUUGGAUUACAGCUGCUUUUCGGAUGCAUGAUGAUGAGAUUCAUGAGAGGUGUGGUGAAGAUGCUAUACAUUACCUCGCCUUCCAGCGUCACAUCAUCUGCUUGCUGAUUGCUAUCAGCAUUUUGUCCGUGUGUGUGAUAUUGCCUGUCAAUCUAUCAGGUGAUCUGCUUGAUAAAGAUCCCUAUAGUUUUGGAAGAACAACUAUAGUAAACUUACAGACUAGCAAUAAUCUUCUUUGGCUGCACACAGUUUUUGCUGUUGUUUACCUGAUUCUGACUGUUGUCUUCAUGAGACAUCACAUGAAGUAUGUCACAUAUAAAGAAGAAAACAUAGUUAAAUGCACAUUGUUCAUAACUGGUCUUCCAAAAAAUGCAAGUGAAGAGACAGUACAAAACCAUUUCACGGAUGCCUACCCAACCUGCACUGUGCUGGAGGUCCAGCUGUGUUACGAUGUAGCCAAGCUUAUUAACCUGUUCAAAAAAAGAAAACAGGCAGAAAAAAGCCUGAUUUACUAUGAACACCUGCAUCAGAAGUAUGGCAAGAGGGUCAAAAUCAACCCUAAACCAUGUGGUCAAUUCUGCUGCUGUGAAAUGGGAGGAUGUGAAAGGGAGGAUGCUGUAGAUUAUUAUACCAAAGUUAGAAAUGAACUUGAGGAAGAAUAUUUGAAAGAGGAACAAGCUGUUCAUAAUAACCCACUGGGAAUGGCUUUUGUAACAUUUCAAGAGAAAUCCAUGGCAACCUACAUCCUUAAGGACUUCAAUGCUUGCAAAUGUCAGAGCAUUAAGUGUAAAGGAGAACCCCAGCCAUCACCCUACAGCAGGGAGCUGUGUGUAUCCAACUGGGAGGUUACAUAUGCUCCUUAUCCUGAGAAUAUCUGUUGGAAGAAUCUUUCAGUGCAUGGAUUGAAAUGGUGGUUUAGAUGGGCUUGCAUUAAUCUGCUGCUUUUUAUUGUGCUCUUUUUUCUUACUACUCCUUCCAUAAUCAUCUCAACCAUGGACAAGUUCAAUGUCACUAAACCUAUUCACUACCUUAAUAAUCCUGUCAUCAGUCAGUUUUUCCCAACACUCUUGCUCUGGUCCUUCUCAGCUUUGCUACCAACAAUUGUCUAUUACUCAACUUUGCUGGAGUCCCACUGGACAAAAUCUGCAGAGAACAGAAUAAUGAUGCAUAAAGUCUACAUAUUUUUGAUCUUCAUGGUAUUGAUUCUGCCUUCCCUUGGUCUGACCAGCCUUGAUUUUUUUUUCCGCUGGCUGUUCGACAGAGAAUCAUCUGAUUCUGCAGUUAGGCUGGAAUGUGUCUUCCUGCCUGACCAGGGAGCCUUCUUUGUGAACUAUGUGAUUGCCUCUGCUUUUGUGGGCAAUGGGAUGGAGCUGCUGCGCCUGCCAGGCCUCAUCCUUUACACUAUACGCAUGAUCAUGGCCAAGUCCACAGCAGAGAGGAAAAACAUCAAACAGCAACAGGCAUUUGAAUAUGAAUUUGGAGCAAUGUAUGCCUGGAUGCUGUGUGUGUUCACUGUCAUCAUGGCCUAUAGCAUCACGUGCCCCAUCAUUGUCCCUUUUGGUUUGAUCUACAUCCUCCUGAAGCACAUGGUGGACCGUCACAACCUCUACUAUGCCUAUCUUCCUGCCAAGCUGGAGAAGAAGAUGCACUUUGCAGCUGUCAACCAGGCUCUGGCAGCUCCUAUCCUCUGCCUUUUCUGGCUCUAUUUUUACUCAUUUGUGCGGCUGGGUUUUAAAGCACCUACAACCAUGUUUACCUUGCUGGUUGUCAACAUCACUAUUGUUAUUUGCUUGGCUUACACUUGUUUUGGCUGUUUCAAGUACCUGAGUCCACUGAAUUAUAGGAUUGAAGACACACAAGGUGAAAGAGGAAAAGACACAGAUGUACCAACAGUCCCAACAUCUUCUAUGUACGUCCCUCAGGUUUUACGUCCUCAUCCUACUGAAAGGACGGUGCUGGCCCCCACGGAGCAGCAGUCAUAUGGCACCAUGGACAACACUUGUUCCCAGGCAGAAGGAAUCAGAAGCUACGCCACUGGAUCUGCAGUUGUGGAGCAGGCAGGGGGAGCUUCGCCCUGAGUGCCGAGGACGAACACAAGGUGGAGCACUUGGCCCAGGUUUAGCAGAACUAAUUCCCUGCCACCUCCUACUAAGUAUUCGGUGUUACCUAUGUAUUCCUGCCUGCAGAAGAGGUACAGAAAUAAUUCAUUGUGUGGUCUGCAGCUGUGCUGGGAGAUUAAAAAGCAGAUGCCUUGGGACUGAUUGUUUUCCAGGCUGUCUACACACAUUGUGAAACAAACAAUUUGAACGUGGAGAUGUUGAUCCUCAGGGACUUCACUUUUGCUAUCUCAUCACUUGCCUUAUGAAGAUAACUUAUGCUGCAUACAGAUAACUAGUCACCAAAGCCAAUGCAACUAUUAGAGCUGUCAUUUAUUUAUUCAAAAUAAUUCUUCCCUUUUUAAAAAUCCCCAACAUUUAUUAUUUAUAAACCUCUUGGGAUGUGUUAAAUCCUGAGACAAUGCCACUUUUGAUGAAAAUACUGUUUGUGUGGGUGCUGAGAAUGGUGUGUGGGAGUCUCUCCUCUUUUCACCCAAAGUAGUCAGCAUAGUUUUGAUCAUGUUACUUUUUUUUUUUUCCUUGAAAGAGAUGAGGGAAUUACUGUGCACUCGGGUACUAAAAGUACCAAAGCAAAAAGACUGGUGUAAAGAAGGGCGUGAUUUAUCUGAUACUGUUUUUAUAUGUUUUUGGAGGGCAUUUAGGUUGUUAGUUUCUGUUCACUAUUUUUAAGGGCCUUCCACAGUGAAAGUUCACCUGCCAACAAUAAAGGAUGUAAACAUUUUAUCUCUUUUAGUCUUGGGUUAAAAUGACAGGUAUCCGGGUUUUCUCUAUAGUGCCAAUUAUAUGAGUUGUAAGAUACUAAGUUUUUAAAUUAUGUAGUAGGUGCUAAUCUAUUCUGAAGUGCAAUGUGCGAAAGUGUAACUAAUAAUCAUGGAGCAAUAAAAUACUGAGUUUAGAAAAAUA